AUGAGGCGCGUUGCUGCCGCCUUUGCUGUUGCUUCUUCUUCUUCUUCGCGAAGACAGGUGGUGCGCUGCUGUUGCUAUUAUCGCUGGCUUCACACUGCGGUAACGGCGAGCUCCUCCGGGGCCUCAGGGAGUGGCGUUUCAGAGGAGGAGGCGCAGUUGCUCGCGCAGCUCUCGGGGGCCCUCUUCCGGGAUGAGGCCAACGCCCUGUCUGUGCCCUUGCCGGAAAUUAGUAGCAGCACCAGCGGUGGCAACUUGAUGGGCCUGAACGAUGACACAGAGUCGUGGCAAACGCAGUUGUCAUCAGAGGACUGCAUGGAUGCCGCUCUCGACCCGCUGCCUCAACAAGAACUGCACCACGACGAAUUAAAACAGGGGCAUCAGCUGCAAUCUGAAAACGUUUCGAGUGGUGGAAUGUCUUCGUUCGCCCACGCCAUGCGAAGCGUUGUGGCGUGUGGCGAUUCGGGCAAUGCGUCGACUGCGCUCGCCGCAGCGUUGUGUGCCGUCAUGACGAGUGAGGCGACCGUCGCGAAUCGCGCCGUCUCGGAGUUGCUGCUGCGCGGCACCGACGUAAAGGCGGUCCUCCCCGACGGAACCCUGCGCGGUGUGUGCAUUGAGCAGAAGUGCCUGAGCCAGUGCGACUUCUCGACGCUGUCGUUUCUGUCGGUGCGCGCGACAGGAGUGGACUUCUCCCGCAGCCUCUUCUACGCAUCUAUCUUCCACAAUACGGUGUUCACCCAGUGCUGUUUCGAUGGCUGCGUGCUGAAGGAGCUGCGCUGCACCGGCAAUGUUCGUUUCGUGGGGUGCUCGUUUCGCUUUGCCAGCAUCGCGAUGCGCGUUGCAGCAAGCGAGGCAUCAACAGCUGCUGUAACAAAGGCGGGCUCCACAUGCGUGGUGUUUGACCGCUGUGACUUUGAUUUGGCUGACUUUGAUGGCAGCGACCGGGUUCCGGCGCGCUGUUUCGUGGGCUGCUUUAACACUGAUCUUGCGGCGAAGUUCCCUCCACGUACAGUGACAGCGUGA